AUGCUCUUACACUACCACUGUCAGAUUGACAGAACAGGAAAAAAACAUGACACCAUCCCCGAAUAUGCAUCUCUGCAAUCCAAUUGUUGAGUACGUUUAUGGCUGGAGUUCCCCGAAACGGAAGCCGGGUUUAAAAGGACCCUAA